AUGGCUGGUUUCGAUCUUCUCGCUGGAUCUCCCGAGCACACUGCUGCUGCUUACCAGGCUUUGAUCAAUGCUCCCCACAAUAUUCGAACGCACGCCAACGCUGCCGGAGGCAACGAGGAUCAAGCUAUUCUUUCCAGCUCUGUCUAUUGCCCGGGUAUUGCCCGGGAUACUCAUCAGAACAUGACCAACCAUCAGAAUGGGAGCAACAACUUCAACCACAGAUUGGUCAUGGAUCCUGCGAUUGAAGCGACUUUGCUCCAAAGCAUGGCCCGGAUUGAUCUCGCCCAUGCCCAUGCCAUUCGGACAGAUAGCCAUCGCACCAUCGUUGGAAGCGCCCACGUUCACCCUCGAGUUGGCUCAUCGUCCAGCCAUGGGUCUUCAAGCACCGAUCGGCUUUCCAUCUCGUCCGGCGCUCGCCAAGGUCCAGUCUGCUACAACGCCACCGGCUAUAAAGCUGGCGAGAAUACUGGAAUCGAUAAGGGCAAGGGCAGCGAAAAGACCAACUCCUCUCCACCCACUACUAUCUCUCCCGAUUCCACUUCUGCGAACGACGGCGGCUCCAACACCAUGUCUCAAGGCCAGAAGCUCAAUGCGCCAGAUGGAACUCCCGAGAAAGCCCCUGGCUGGGUUUUGCCUCGUUUUCGCGGCCAAGCCUUGCCUGUUCGAGAGCCCGUGAAUGCUGGUGCUCAAAACAACUUCCCAGGCGGCCCUCGUGCAAAUUUGGCUGGUCAGGUGCAGCCACAGUCGCGGCAAUCUGCCUCCGAGCCAAGUCGCAACCGGAUUUUCAUCCCUCAGCCAGGUGUUGGGAUGCCUUCAACCCACCGCAAUGGCACGAAGCCCAUGAACGGCCAAGCUCCAAUCGGCACAGGUCGUUGGGACCCUCACCCCCUGAGGGAGUUGCUCACUCCUCAAGCCACCUCUGUCUGGGCUCAGCAUGAGCCUCGACCUGCGGUUGCUCAGAAGGGCUUCCAAUCUUACGCUCCAGUCGGCGAGUUUCGGCCAAUGAACGCCGUCACUCGAACAUUCUUCCGCCCUGAGUGCGAUCCUCAGAAGGAUCUCAAGAUGGCCCAGGGUGUCUCGGCUAACUACAAGGGCGAUGCUUUGAACCCGCGCAACCUUUCGGAUGACAUUCCAGAGUGCAAGAAUGUCUCCUUCUUCUUGACCAACCUCCCAGCGGACGUCACCUACAGCCAGCUUCUGGGUCAAAUUCGCGGCAUGGGACGCGUCUGGGCCACUGUGAUCAAUCCUCCAGAUGGUCAUGAGCAUUUCACCUCGGCCGCCAAGUUGGUGUUCUUCGAGCUGUCCGCGGCUCAGCGCUUCUACGCUCACUGUAGAAACCCGGCCCGUCGUCUCAUCAUCAGUAGCUACGCCGUCAAGAUUGUUCGCAACCGGGUUCGAAAGGCUGAGGAGGAUGUCGGCGGCUACCACUCUCGUGUUCUCAUCGUUACCGGCGAGUUGUCCUUUGUCAAUAAGGACACUCUGCUGCGUUACUUCCGCAUGAAGCUCGAUUUCGACACCGAGGAUGUCAUCGCCCAUGUUCAAGACCCUCAGACUGGAAUGGGAGAGCUUGAAAUCCGGUUCGCCUGCUAUCGAAACCAGUCCGAGUCUGCUCGUCAAGCGCUGAGUAAGGAGUAUCCUCCCGGUGCCACCCUUCCUGAUGGCAGAAUGUCUCCAAUUUGGGAGCUCAGAUACGGCGUCGACCCUUGCUCAGUCUGA